UUUAGCAUAAUAUUUCAAAAUGAAGAUCAAAUGCUUGUGUAUGGGGUGUAAUGUUAGAGUUUGAGCUUCUGUCCUCUUGAGGUGUCUUGAUAAACAAUACGAGUGGCUUCAAGAUAGCUCAUGAAUACACAGAAUGGGUUUGUAAUGUUGUGAUUGGUACUACGAGACCUGAAUAUUUCAGUAAACAUGAUUGUUUCAACUCACCAUAGGACAUCGAGUGAUUUCAGAAAAUCUGAAAUUCAAAUAUUAAAACAAAAGUGAUACAGAGUCAGACCAGUGGAUUAAACACAUUGGUUUAUUGGAAAACUACUCAUUAGUCUGUAAUGGCUGGUAUGGUACCUUAUCUGUCAUGUUUUAACCUUUUUAUGUUUUUUUUGGUUGUCUCAACGGUUAAUCUGAGUGGAGCAUUAAUGUCACACAAGCUUAUACACCGUCAAAAGUAGUACGUAGGAAAUGUUGAAAUACAUUUUCUAAACAGUCAAUUUGGGUAAUAAAACAGUGCUGCCACAUGCAGCGCAGCACUGACCAUCACUGACGCCUCCUCAGAGCGGCUGUGCGGCUCUGAAAGAGUACCGGUGUGAACUCUAUCAGGUCUAAGGUUCCUCCCCUCUCGCUCAGCUACAUGUUGUGUGUGGCCACUCUGGGCCAUGGAUUCAACCUCUAGCAGUUGCACAAUCUUUUUAUUGUCACCAAGCUAAUACAAUCCAGAACCUGAUUAAAGAAACAGUGGCCAGAUUGGUAAGUAUUCUUCCUAAUUUCAGCUUGUUCUGUCGUGACGGGCGACUAAGCGUCUGUUUUUCCAGAAAUCCAGCAGCCGCUAGUUAGCGGCUCGCUAGCUUCCAGCUCGGUAGCUAACGGGUAGCUACCGCUAGUUAGCUUCAAGAGCAAAACUGAUAGAAGAGGUCUGUCAUGUCAAAAUGUAGCUAACUUAGAUUAGUUUUUUUUAAGUCGUAGUUUGUUAACUGUCAUUUCAUAACAAGCUGGGGUUUCGACAUUCACUGCCAAUUAUAACCAACGUUCGUACCGUUUAAAAUGUGAACACAAAUGAAUGUACCGGUGUUUUCCCCCGGUCUGAAUGAGUAGUUGAAAUCUGAGAACAAAGCUCUAUUGUAAGCUAGCUAGCCGAUCACAUUAACGUCUCCGGUAUUUUACUAUUCCACCCGACCUGUUACACACCUUAAAAUAAGAUUGCUGUUGACCAUUGAGUAACCCCGCAGAGACAAAAUGGGGCCUUUUCGUGUAACAUUAUACCGUUACAAGUUGCAGCGUAAUUCUUUCCAUUUAACAUAUUUUACAUAGUAACACAGAGGUUAAGUUAACGUUUACUGUACAGGGGAUGAUUUUAGCAGAACACAAUCAGUAUUAUAGACACUCUACUUCUUAUACAGGCACAGAAAUAGUCAGAUCUGAACAUUUUGGUUAAUCUCCAUCCGUAAAUACACUUCCAUCAUCCCACUCCUUACACAGAUACCACUAGUGGGUACCAGGUGACAGUUUAACCUGUGAUACUGGUUGUUGUUGGAUUGACUCUUCAGCUGGUGACUCAAGAUGAGGUAUUAUGCUGGUUGUAUUUGUUGUGAGUUAAGGUGCCUCACCACAGCACCUGACCAAUCUGCCACUACUUCUUUAACAUGGUGUGCGUCAUGCUAAUCCUUUCCCCAACACAGAAGGAUAAAGGGAGGAAUGUGAGGUAUUCCCUGUACUUCAUCCGUACAUAUCCAUCCAACACAUGAGAGAUUUAACAGGAAUUACAAUCCCUUUGUGUCAAUCUGGUCUGUAGUUAUGGCUGUAUGGCUCCAUGUUACUGAGUCAAUAUUCUUAAAAGUCUUCAUGAAUGAUUUAUGUUUUUCCUCUUGUCUUUGAGGCACAUUGUGUUGUAGUCAAACUGUCCCCCAGUCACGAAUGUCUCAUCAGUUAAGAAAGGAGAAAGAAAUGUGUCUACCUACUGUCAUAAUAAGUCUGUGCCACUGUUUACUCCAUUAGUUUUCUAUUUUCAAAGAUCUUAGUACUGUACUUUGUUCAUAGGUUACGAUAUUGGAGUGAGGUGUGCUGACCGGUGAAUGCAUAGAGUCAAGAAGGUAAAACUUUGUGACAAUAAAGAGGGUAUCUGGAAAAGCUGUGUGACAGUGAGCAUGACGGCUGUGGACGGCCUUUCGGACAGCACAGAGGUGGUUGAGAUGGAGGAUGUGCCGUCUCAGUUCUUUGUGGAGAAACACACGUGGGAGGGCCUCCGUGACAUCAUCCACUGUAGCAGGAAGUACUCUGGCAUGAUCGCCAACAAGGCUCCCCACGAUUUCCAGUUCGUGCAGAAGAAGGAUGAGAACGGACCCCACUCCCACCGCUUGUACUACCUCGGAAUGCCUUAUGGAAGCAGAGAGAACUCACUACUCUACUCAGAAAUCCCCAAGAAGGUCCGAAAAGAGGCCCUCUUGGUGUUGUCAUGGAAGCAGAUGCUGGAUCACUUUCAGGCCACUCCGCACCAGGGGGCCUACUCUCGAGAGGAGGAGUUGCUGAGAGAGCGCAAACGUCUCGGAGCCUUCGGUAUCACCUCCUAUGACUAUCAUGCCCAGACCGGCCUGUUCCUCUUUCAGGCCAGCAAUAGCCUCUUCUACUGUCAGGACGGAGGCAGCAAUGGCUUCAUAUCUGCUCCUGUAAAGCCCGUGGAGAUCAAGACCCAGUGCUCAGGGACCCGCAUGGACCCCAAGAUCUGCCCUGGAGACCCUGACUUCUUAGCCUUCAUCAACAAUAACGACCUGUGGAUAGCCCACAUUAAGACUGGCGAGGAAAGGAGACUCACUUACUGCCACAAAGGUGUGGAUAAUGUAAAGGAGGACCCCAAGUCUGCAGGUGUAGCAACAUUUGUCAUCCAAGAAGAGUUUGACCGUUUCACCGGUUACUGGUGGAGUCCCUCGGCAGUGGAAGACCCUAACGGAGGUAAAACAGUGUACCUGCUGUAUGAAGAGGUGGAUGAGACGGAGGUAGAGAUUAUUCAUGUUCCAUCUCCGGCACUGGAGGAGCGUAAAGCAGACGCAUACAGAUAUCCCCGUACAGGGAGCAAAAAUCCCCAGGCUACCCUCAAACUGGCAGAGAUCAAGACAGACCACCAGGGAAGAAUUGUGAGCACACAAGACAAAGAACUGGUCGUCCCCUUCACCACCUUGUUUCCUGGGACAGAAUACAUCGCCAGAGUAGGCUGGACGAGUGACGGCAAAUAUGGCUGGGCGGUGCUACUGGACCGCAGUCAGAGAAAACUACAGCUGGUCCUGCUGCCUCCAGCCCUCUUCAUCCCGGUCACAGAUGACCCAGCUCAGAGGCAGGAGAGUCUGGAGGCCGUGCCCAGUAACACACAGCCGUACAUAAUCUAUGAAGAGACUACAGACGUCUGGAUCAAUGUUCAUGAUAUAUUCUAUCCUUUUAUUCAAACGGCAGAAGAUGAGUUUACUUUCAUUUGGGUAAACGAGUCUAAAACGGGUUUCAGCCAUCUGUAUAAAAUCACCUCCCCGUUACAACCGGGCUGCCACCGUUGGACGGAGGACUACCAACACACAGAGGGAGACUUCAAAUGUGCAAUCAAGGAGGAGGUUACAUUGACCAGUGGAGAAUGGGAGGUGCUGGCAAGACAUGGUUCCAAGAUUUGGGUGAAUGAGGCAUCGGAGUUGGUGUACUUCCAGGGCACCAGAGACACUCCUCUGGAGCACCACCUCUAUGUGGUCAGCUAUGACUCACCUGGAGAUGUGGUCAGACUAACCAAGCCUGGCUUCUCUCAUAGCUGCUCCGUCAGUCAGAACUUUGACUUUUUUGUCAGCCACUACAGUAAUGUGAGUACGCCUCCAUGUGUCCACGUCUACAAACUGACCAGCUCAGAGGGUGACCCACUACACGUGCUACCUGAAUUCUGGGCCAGCAUGAUGGAGUCACCAGGUUGCCCGGGAGAUUACAAUCCACCGGAGAUUUUUGACUUUCCAGGGAAGUCGGGCUUCCAGCUUCACGGGAUGGUGUACAAGCCUCACAACCUGCAGCCUGGCAGGAAACACCCCACGGUUCUCUUUGUGUACGGAGGCCCACAGGUGCAGCUGGUGAACAACUCCUUCAAGGGGAUGAAGUACCUCCGUCUGAACACGCUGGCGUCUCUGGGCUACGCUGUGGUCGUCAUUGAUGGGAGGGGUUCCUGUCAGAGGGGCCUUGAAUUUGAAGGAGCUCUGAAAAACAAAAUGGGUCAGGUGGAGAUCGAAGACCAGGUGGAGGGGCUGCAGUAUGUGGCGGAGAAGUUUAAAUUUGUGGACCUGAGCCGUGUUGCCAUUCACGGCUGGUCCUACGGAGGUUUCCUCUCUCUCAUGGGCCUCAUUCAGCGACCCAACGUCUUCAAGUUGGCCAUUGCGGGUGCCCCGGUGACUGUGUGGAUGGCGUACGACACCGGCUACACAGAGCGCUACAUGGACGUGCCCGAGAACAACCAGCAGGGCUACGAGGAGGGCUCUGUGGCUCUGCACGUGGACAAGCUGCCCAGCGAACCCAACCGUCUGCUGAUUCUACAUGGAUUUCUAGAUGAGAAUGUGCACUUUUUCCACACCAACUUCCUCGUGUCACAGAUAAUCCGUGCUGGGAAGCCCUAUCAGCUUCAGGUUUACCCCAACGAGCGACACAGCAUUCGCUGCCCUGAGUCUGGAGAGCACUACGAGAUAAUGCUGCUGCACUUUCUACAACAAUACCUCUGAAAUGAAACAACAGGGGAGAAGUGAAGUCUAGUUUCCCCCUCUGUCCUCCUUUUACCCCUCCAGCUCACCGCCCACCUUUACUCUCCCUCUCCUCCCCUCUCCCCCAAAACCCCCAGUGUCCAACUGGUCACCCUGUCAUCGAGAGAGCGUCACACGCUCUGCAGCCAUGAGCCACUCUCUCCUAUGAACUAGUCACAUAGCCUUUCCACUACACUUCCCUCUUUCGCUCGGUCUGUCUCGUGUUGUUACUCGCUUGUUCGCGCUGUCUCCUCCAUGCCCCCCCCCCCCCCACACACCCUGUGUACAGUCUGGGGUAGGGGUUACGAGCACAGAGAUUUGGUGUCUCACCCUGAAAGCCGAACAAAGACAAGGAGAAAUAUUAGCAGGCUGUGUCACAUUGACUCAUCAUCGCUCACCCGCGUCCUCACCUCUGCAACCAUGAUGGGUUUUUGCCAAAUGUUAUUGUGUUGUCUCCCCCCCCUCCCCCCCUCGCUCUUCCCGCUGUUUUAUUGACUUGAGUCAGUGGAAGGAAUGGGACUACAGUUCACAGAUUUGAAAUGGAAUACUAUACGCAUAAUCGCAGACGUGAGCUCACACACUAUACAUAUGUAAGAUACAUACACUCACAAGCGCACACACAGAAUUGCAAUAUCCUCCAUACAUGCUGUGAGUCCGUAUCUCGCAGUCUGUGUAACGAUGAAGAAAGGAAGAACACUGAGACUCUUCUGCUGUCCACUUGUUUUAACUGUGUGUUGUUUAAAAUUAAAUAUUUUAUGGAUUUUUAUUCUUCUUUUCUUUUUUUUAAUGCGUGCUGCUGACAUGAGCCGGCCGCUCAUUGAUAUUUUUGCGCCGUUCUUUCCCCUCACGUUACAUUUCUCGAGAUGUCUGCUUGCCUUCUUAACACAUAAUUUAUAUUUGCCAAAGUACCUCUUGACUCUUGAUCAUGCUGGUAUUUCCUUUUUUUACUGCAAUAAAGACAACAGGAGGGUGAGCACUGGAGUCUUACAACAGCUUUGUACCACCGGAAUUCAAUUUGUACAUGAUAAUGAAUAAAUGUAUGAAUCAAUCAC